AUCAGUCUAAUGCCGUGAGCCUAUCUACAGUAUCUCCAUGGCGCCCCCAACUGCAAUGGACAAAUUUCUCGACCUCAAGACUUCAGAAGACCCUGCCCCAAUUCGUCGCUGGCGCACCACCUCCGCCCCCAUCGUCCCCUCAAACAUCAACUCGCAACCCUUCGUCGGCCGCCUCGGCGGCAACCAGCUCCAGGCCGUCUCUCAAUCUGACCCCGAAUACGAAGCCCUCCAACACACGAACCCUGAUGCCGUCCAAUCGCCCAAAUGGGCUGGCAUACUCUCCCUCCGCCCCUUCGCCGACGUCCACCUCUGGCGCAACGCUUGCCUUGAAGGCGUCGGUCUUUGCUGCUGGGUUUUCAUAGCCGGACUCGUCUCCCACGGCACCGCAAAUCUAUCCUCAGCGACGCCACUUGGGCCUAUCUUACCUGUGGCCAUUGCGGCAGUGGUGCAGUUCCUCAUCAUCACGCUAUUCAUCUUCAGUCUCGGCCCCGUGACAGGCGCGCAUCUGACACCGCUGAUCACAUUCGCGACCUUCCUUGCCAAGCUGACGAGUUUGCCGCGGAUGGUACUGUACAUCACUUUCCAAUGCAUCGGAGGCGUCGUCGGCGCCUACAUCCUCCGCGCUUCCCUCGGUGGUUCUCCAUCCACCCUCGUCUUCUCCCCGGGCUGCUACGUCGACGCUGCACAAGUCUCUGCCAAGCAAGCGUUCGCGCUGGAAACCAUGGGCUCGCUGUUCGUGCUCUUCCUCGCCUUUGGACUUGGUCUUGAUCCCCGGAACCAGGGAUCUUUUGGGCCUGCGCUGGGGCCGUUUCUGGUAGGGUUUAGCUCAGCGAUUGCGCUGUUCGCAGGAGGGAUCGCGGUGCCAGGGUAUUUGGGGUUGAGUUGUAAUCCGGCGAGGUGCCUAGGGUUGAUGAGCGCAGCGCAUCGGUUUACGUACCAUUGGGUGCAUUGGACGGGGGAUUUGACGGCGUGCGUGGUACAUGCGUUUAUCUAUUAUGCUGUGCCGCCGUUUUGUAAUCAGCGGAUUCAAGAUUGAAGUACGAAGUAGUACCGGAGUGGUCCCACGUCAGCCACGUUACAGUUCAAACUCGAAAAUGCGCUGCCGCAAAAUGCCGACUAUAAUUUCUUUCAGUCCAACUCUCCCAAGACGGUGAUUUUCCCUUAUUAUCUUAGCGUAGAUGCUGCCUAGACGAUUCGCUUCACUCCUCAGCACGUCGCCAAUACUAAGAUGCUCGAUCUUAGGAUCUUGUUUGAGAAGAGCACACUGCGUUCCCUUUCCAGCACCAGGCCCACCAAUCAAGCCAACGAUGCGUGGCUCGGAGAGAACUUCAGGUCGCAUUCUAUCAAAUGCGACCACACGUUGUCCAGUGAAGGGGGAAAACGAGAGAGGAAAGGCAGCUUGGGAGCGACGACAAGAUAUCCUCGCGUUGAGUGUGGACUGAGAAAUGCAAUUCGGCUCAGAUCAUCGCGCAAGCUGACUUAGAUAAAUAGUUGUAACAGUAUUAGAC